UCACAAAUCACAUAAAAAUGAGUAAUGACUGGUUAAGAGAUCGUCAUUUUUCAGUCAUCCAACUAUCCAAGAUUGAAUAUAGAUAAUAAAAAUUAUCUAUUUCUAAGGUGCUCAUAAGUCAUAAAGUCUUGUAAUCUCGUACACUUACCGUUUAAAAUUCUAGAUCAGUCAUUAUUAUUAAAUCAACACUCCACGGUAUUGAUUAUUGGUCCAUCAAUAAUAAGAAUUUAAGGCGUUAUUGUCUAAAAUGGCGAAUUUCUCGUCACCAAUGCCAUCCAGAGAGUUCUUAUGGGAUGUGUUUCAAAGGGUUGACAAAGAUAGAAGUGGAUUCAUCUCUUCAGACGAACUGCAAAUGGCACUCUCCAAUGGAACAUGGACUCCAUUCAAUCCAGAAACUGUACGUCUUAUGAUAGGAAUGUUUGACAAGCACAGUCGAGGUACUGUAUCUUUUGACGACUUUGGUGCCUUGUGGAAGUAUGUGACUGAUUGGCAAUCAUGUUUUCGAUCAUUUGACCGUGAUGGUUCUGGCAAUAUAAAUGUAUCCGAACUUAAAGACGCCCUGUCGUCAUUUGGUUAUAGACUCAGUGAACAAAUAGUUUCAGUUAUGCUAAAGAGAUUUGAUCGCUUUGGUCGUGGCACUAUACUUUUUGAUGAUUUCAUUCAAUGCUGCGUUGUAUUACAUACACUAACUGCUGCAUUCCGUCAAUUUGAUACUGAUCAAGAUGGAUAUAUUACUAUUCAUUAUGAACAAUUUUUAAACAUGGUAUUUGGUUUAAAAAUUUAAAUGAGCUCUAUUGUUUAUUUA